AUGGACAACUCCAAUCCUACCGUGACGGCUUCUGCUGCAGAAGGUGCAGAGGUUACCUCAAUUGUUAGGGGACUGGGAGCAUCUCAUUCCCAGUUGCAAAGUCAGAUGUUGCUAGGCUACAACCCGGACUUGGACGGUUUUGGUGAGACGAUGGGCCCGGACAACCAAACUCACCAGUCGCAAUCGAUAGACAAUGCCAGUUCGACGAAGGAUUGGUACGACAAAUUCGAGGGUUUGGCUCAUGACUUUGGACAUGCGUACCUGAGCCGCAAACAGCGCAAUAUUGCUCGCAAGUUUUCGCGCAAAACGUUCUUGUAUACUCGCAAUAUUCGGCGUGGAAAGUUAAUAUCCGAAGAUGGCCUAACGAAGGAGCAGAGAUGGGCAAAGCUGAUGGUGGCCCCAGAGUCAUCAUUCACAGCAAAUACCGAGACCCAGACCCAGGAACAGCGUCCAACAUCCCCGACCAUCGUUUCUUGGGCCUGCGAUAUUUGUGACCCGCCGCUUAGAGUCAAGAUCAACCGGCCAGGCGAAGCAUCGAGAUGUCCUAGAGGUUGCCAGCGACCACCUCAUAGACAAUUGACGUCCGAAACGAGAGAUAAAAUCUAUCCUCCUGCACCUGGUAGUUGGCGGCCUAUCUCACCAAUUGCACCUAGGCGGAAAACAAGUGAGAAGGUUCCAUUGGAAAGUGAUCUGGCUAGCGAUCUCAGCAUGGCCAUAAAGCUACCCCUGCCAAUACAGACUCGACAGGAGGUUGCUAAGCUCGAAGAAGAAUCGACGAGUGAGAGACCUGUCGACCAAAAUGUUUGCACAGUGAAUUCAAAGGCAAAGAGCGAUGAACUCCCUGUGCUUGACGAGCAUAAGGCCGAGAACAGGGCUCAAACAGAUGGAGAACCUGCCGUAGUCCCUCCUGCGAUCCAAGGGGCGGCAAAAAUCACCUUCUCGUUGACGGUACCAGAAAAGCCUAGGCAGAAAAGAACACUCAGUUCUCCCUCGGCCCUCGCCUCCUACUUUGGUCCCCCGAGGAAGAAGCUCGACACGCGCACAUCAUCUGACAAACUCGCCGACGCGAGUGUCCCCAUUCUUGUUCGCAAUACAUCCACUGGCUAUCCAAGUAUCUGCUCAGAUUCCAUAAGAAGUUCGGAUUGUUAUAUGACGAACGCGGUUAAGACGGAGACGAAUGCAACGAAAACCGAGACAAAUGCGGUUAAGACUGAGACGAAUGCGUGUUCUCCAAGUAGACAGCCGUGGUUCCAGUCUUCGAGGGCUCAGCAAGGCGGCGAAGAGCGGCGGCCGAGCGUGUUGAGACGGUGUUCCGAUUUUGCGAGAAGGUUGUUUAGGAAGGAGCGAAGGGAGAGUGGUGUGGAUGUUGCCAUGGACGUACCCAUGGACAAUGACAUACCGGUAUUCGAAUCUCGACCGGAAUCACCACCCCCUCCAACAACCCUCCCUGAAGUCCCAACAACGGAAGUAGUUGACCAGCUCCGGGAAGCGCUUGUGAAAGUAGAGACGCUUCAGCCCCCUCUACGCUGUACGCAGCCGAGUGUGGUCCACUCGUCGACCACUCAAACCCCUGGCUCUAUGACACUUCCUGAGACGACACGAGCGGGGGAGAGAACGGGGAAGCCGAGGGUUUGGAGGAAGAUUUUGGGGAGAAAGGAGAAGGUGUAG